AACAACAACCUAGCGCGCCGACGCUGUCGCCCCCGGCGCUCGUCCUUCGUAACGGUAGUGGCGUUUGGCUCCGUGCUGGUCGGUGCUGCAACGGCCUCUUCUGGGUCAAGGAACCCGCCACCACCUCCGCCCCCUCCUGCCUCGUUGGGAAGCCAGUACAACGGCAGGCAGGAGCAGCACCAGCAAGAUCGAUGGGCCGGUUGGACCCCCCCCCCGCCAGGGCCACCCCCGGAUCCUGUUGGAGGGGGCGGUGGGGAGGAGGCGGGAGUAUCGUGGGGAGAAGUAGUACCGGGGUCUUCUCAGGGAGUAGCAACAGGCCAGCAGGGUGAUGGGACGGUGUGCGAGGACGGCACGACAAGUCGCGCAGCGGCUGUGGGGAUGAUGGGGCGCAGCCAUCAUCAUCAUCAGCAGCGGCAGCAGCAGCAGGGAGUGGGUGCACCGGGAGGUGAGGCAAGAGAGGUCAACCAGCAGGCGCACGAGCGCAUGGUGAUGAUGGGGCAGCAGCCAGGGCAAGGAGGACCGCUGUCCCCGCCGAGCUCAAUGCAGCAGUACCCCCAGCAGCGAGAACUUGAACGGCAACAACAGCAGGGACAACCUGCCGCUUGGGGGCAGGACGGUGGCCAACAACACCAGCAGACUCAGGAACACCUUUACGACAGGGCCCGCAACAGCAAUGCUGGUAACAACGGAAACAACGGGCAUGCGAUGCCCCCGCAGUCCCCGCCCUCCGCGAUGUUCCAACAGCGGCAGGUGGAGGCAGCGGCGGCCGGCAAUGGCAUGGCCGGCGGGGCGGGAUCGACCGCGCGGCUCGGAGGAGGCGGCGGCGGUGGCGCCGGCGGCGGGCAGUGGGAACCUCCGUCGGCUGCUAGUGCCGGGGCUGUCACGCCCGAGGUGAAGCUCAGCCAGUAUCGCAGUGCUGCUGGUGGGGGUGGGGGUGGCGGGGAGCUCGGGGGCGACCAGGAACACGAUAAAAUAGCUCGGGCUCUGCUCUCGAACACUGACAAAGAGGUCAUCUUCGACGGGCUCAAGAAGCUCUACAGAAAAAAGAUUCUCCCGCUGGAAGAGUCCAGCAGAUACGCGCACUUCCACUCGCCGCCAAUGAACCCCGCAGACUUCGAAGCGAAGCCCAUGGUGCUCAUCGUUGGGCAGUACAGUGUCGGCAAGACGAGCUUCAUCCGCUCCCUCCUCAAGAGAGAUUUCCCGGGGCAGAGGGUUGGCCCGGAGCCGACCACAGACAGAUUCGUAGCCGUGACCCACGGUGAGGACGAGCGGGUGAUGCCGGGGCACGCGCUCGCGAUGCAGGCGGACAAGCCCUUCCGAAGUUUGCAGCAGUUCGGUAACAACUUCCUGACUAAGUUCGAGGGCUCGGUGGUGGAUGCUCCCAUACUGCGGAACAUCACCCUCGUCGACACCCCAGGUGUCCUCUCCGGAGAAAAGCAACGUAUAGGGCGGGACUACGACUUUGCCUCUGUGAUAUCGUGGUUCGCGGAAAGGGCGGAUUUGAUUGUAAUCAUGUUCGAUGCGCACAAGCUGGACAUAUCCGACGAGCUCAAGAUGGUGAUCGACACGCUCAAGCCCCAUCACGACAAGAUGAGAGUGCUCCUGAACAAGGCCGACACCAUUGACACGCAGCAACUCAUGCGCGUGUACGGCGCCCUGAUGUGGUCACUGGGGAAGGUCAUGCAAACCCCCGAGGUGUGCCGGGUGUACAUCGGAUCCUUCUGGGAGGCCCCGCUCAGCAAUUUUGACAACAGAUUUCUGCUCGAGAAAGAGAAAAACGACCUGCUGGAGGAGCUCAUGCUGCUCCCGGAGAACGCGGUCGUGCGGCGAAUCAACGAGCUCGUGAAGCGGGCGCGAAGCGUUAAGGUUCAUGCGUACAUCAUCCACUACCUCCGGAAACAGAUGCCGUACAUGAUGGGCAAGCAGGAGAAACAGGAGAAGCUGAUCAGGCGGUUGGAUCAGGAGUUCCUCGCCUGUGCAAGGCGCUAUGGGCUGCCAUUGGGCGACUUCCCGAAAGUGGAAAAGUUCCGUCGGUCUUUGAGGGAGAUUAAGGAUAUCUCCAAGUUCAAGAGCCUAGACAAGAGCUUGGUGCACGAGAUGGACAAGGUGUUCUCCGGCGACAUCCCCAAGCUCAUGGAGAAGGCGGCAAGACCAGGCAACAGAUAGCGCCCCUGCCAAGACCACGCCUCUCUCACAGUGGGUGGUGACGUGAGAAGAUGUGUAUGUAUGCCGAUGCCUGCGGGGACCCUCACGCGAUGAGUUCGUGUCGCAUGAUUUAUCGGCGGCUUCGAAAGCGGAUUCUAACGCUGCUCCGUUGUGUAGCGGGGGGUUGAUUCGAGUGUAUUGUUGUAUCGUGGUCCUUCUUGUGAUAGUAAUUUAGGAAGCAAGCAAGGCGCAUGCCGAACGAAGCGUCCAGAAACAGAUCUGCUUUGCGUCGAACAGUCGUUUGUAGCCUAACAGGCGAGGAAAGGUCGCCUCGGGAUUUCGUGGACCAGAAGGAAUGUUGGUAUUGAGAUACGGUGCGUGUGUGUGGAGGCGCCGAAAGGUGUUUCCCGAAGGUUGGCGAAGGGAGGUUGUCGUCAACCUGCGUCUGCCAGCCGCUUGUUUGCGUGCUGCGUGAACAGAUAGUGGCACAGAAGCUUUGUGGUUGAUUCUGGGGUGUCCUUUUUGAGAGCAAGGCUUCCGUCAACGUACAUAGCGGGGGAGUAUCAUUGCACUGACUGUUUUUUAGGUCAGGAUGGCGGCUGCCCUCGAGUAGACGUAUUUCUUGUGUCGAUAACGUGUUUGUCUGUCUGUUUUUUUGGCGCUUCGGGGGCUAAAAUGUAAAACAAGUUUAUUAGGCGAUAAACAAACGGGAUUCUGCCACAGCCGACCAACACGUCCGAAAGGAGUGGCCAUAUAACAGCAGUGACUUCACGGCGUGUUUGCUCAGCACCCUCAAAUAUCAG